CAUCAAGAAGGACUCAUCGAGUUUGGCUCUUUUCCUUUACACUAUCCUAUCUACAUUUAUUGUUCAGAAAAGUGACGGUAUACAAGCCUCUUCAGGAGUCUCGUCGAGUAAAGUGAAGACAAAAUUAGAGUGAAGCGCUGAUAGAACCCAGUACUAAACUGUUAAGUGCAUUCCGAAGUCAGAAAGCUAUUCGUGAACUUAUUGUGUAAGUGGCCGAGUUUCUUACAUAAUUUUCCCUCCACUUAAAGUUGUGUAUCUUUUUAAGGAGCUUUAGUACGGUAUUGAGGUUUAAAAUUGUAAGCGAUAAAGCUGCCUGUUGCAAUCCUUAUUUCGCUCUUUUUGAAUUCAAAAACAUUUGUAUGGAUUUCUCUGAUACAGAACGGUCUGUACUGAACUGACACCAUGAAUCUGAAUAACCCUGAGGCCGGCAAGUCGAUAAAUCGUCUUUCGGAGCGACGAGGAUUAGGUUCAUUGACACUAAAUCAAGAAAGUGUAUUAAAACUGGAAAGCGCUGCGAGCCAAGAGUAUGCUGAAUGUGUGAUUAAUGAAAAGGCAGGGAAUUACCCAGUUGUGUCUUCGAAAAGAAAGAAAAUGUCCUAUUUCCGGUCUGUGCAACAACAAGAUGGCGCUGAGAUCAGUGAUGUCACUGUCGAGGAGUUGAGCCGAGACUGCCCUCCUGCUGGCCUUAGCCCUGCAUCAUCGCCCAGCUCUAAAUAUAGAGCGCUGCCUGGAUGCAGUCCACGUUGGCCGCACACCUACCACCACGGGACUAUCUUUAGUUUUCCCUCCUUGCCGUCUUCAGUAUCGUCCUCCACUUCCCAUCGACGACGACGCCUCUUCUACCCGUUUUCGUCUGUCGGAUUGUUAGCUUGCAAUCGCUGCACGGCCAGUCGCCGUCUGUCCACAGUAGUUGAGAAGCCCGUCGGCGAUGCCUCCAUUCAACUGGCUUAUCCAUUUCAAAAUUGUGCCUUACUUGUCGGUGAUAAUACAGUUCUCAGGCCAUUAUUCGAUCUCAAGUCUUCACCGGACUCGCAAGUUACAGACAUCUCGGCAUCACAGCCACCAUUAGGGUUAGCCUAUUCACCAGGCCCAGUUUGGCAAGCUGAGCUGACCGUGAAUCCUUCUACACCCGUUUUGCUGACGCACGUCCCCUCGCCGUCAUUGAGCAGUGAACAACACAGUCUCAGCAGUCCGACUCUUCUAAUACAGGCGCACAGCAGCAUUGCCAGUCACCAUGAAACACGAGAGCGACAUUUAAGUGACCAGCAUAAUCAGACGGCCACGGUUUACCAGUCCACUAAGCAUAGUUGCCUUGGUGUAGUCGACCUACCUUCACAUCACCAUCAGCAGCAGCAGUUGGCGUACCGUGUGGAUAAUAAUAGAACCACUGGUAAUUUCUGUACAAAUCGGGCUCGGGUCGUAUCACUCAAUUCCAGCUGCGACGGCGCGCGGAUAAAAAAGCCUCUCUCACCGACUCGGUCUGAUUGUAAACGAAACAGCAACCCAUCUGAGGCGGCCAACCGACACGAUUCUUCGUCGACGAUACAGCAGUCCCAUGUUAUUGUAGAGGACUCGAGUAACGUGCCACUAGGACUGCUUCCUCCUGUCGAUACCUCUGCCCAAGCAUCCAUGGAUAGACACUAUUCUUCGCCGCUUGCCGCGACGCCAAUGACGUCUUCAUAUGCAGGCUUAUCUCCGUCGUGUGCAUCGGCCGUCGACGCUCAGGCGGCUGCCACCAAUCAAUCGCCUUCCGUUGCUGGACCCACAUUCACUUCUCGCCAUCAUACCAAUUGCAAAACUCAUGGGGUGCUCUGUAAAACGUGCAGUGGCGAAGCGCGCCAAGAGCAAUGCGCGUCGUGCAGCAGUGAUUCCUCACUGCUAUCCCAGUGCGCAUCCACUACGCAUCCAUCAACGGAUACAUCUCUGCCCGAGCAUAGGCCGUGCACGAAAAGCAUUGGUAGUCAAAUUGGCAAAUCUCUGGCCGAGCCAAACCAGAAAGCCACAGUAAAUAUUCAAUCGCCUAGGCUGAUGGAGCUCCUCAACGAGAGGCCGUCAGACGUGUGUCCAUUACCUAAUCGCCCUGCACGAUCUCGUUCCCCUCACGCAGUUUACUGCCAUGCUCAUGGCGACGCAGUGCGAGAUCGUCGGGCUUACAGUGCAGAUCGCCCUCUUUGUGCUCACUACCCCGGUUCCACAGUCCAAGUCCCGAAAACGGUCAAAGAGAGCAGCUCAAGUAGAGUCUCUACUUAUCCAAAAGCGGAGGUCAUCAGUUCCACAAAGGUGGAAAGGUUGCGCCAGCUGACCCAACGGCUUCGACCAUCGUCAUCGUCUACAUCUUCGACGGGCAAAGGCAGAUCUCCCGAUCAAGUACAACUAGCGUCCGUCGCGGAAUCCAUUCAAAAUCAGUUGCCUCCGAUCCCGAUCGCUCCACCCCGUCACCCUCGUACUCGCUCCGAACGGAAAAAAUCUUCCCGAUCGAAGAAAGAUUCCGCUACUUCGACAUCUGACCUUAACCAGCCCAUUAGACCUACUUCGUCAAUCGCCAGCACAUCUCAAAAUACGAAUGACACUGUAUUCCUCCCUAAUCUUGAAAACGGCAGUGUGGUAAAACACAACGAGACGACGACCUGCGCCAAUAACACUCCUAACAUGAUGCCGGUAUUGGACGAGUCGGUAGCAGCACAUCUGCGCUCUUCACCGACGAAUGAUAUCCCGAACCACCAACCCCAUGAAAAUCUCUUCUCCGACAAUUCACGCCUUUCUUGCACGAACCAUCCGGAUCCCACGAAUGACGACGUUUUCGACGAAGUCCAUCUAACCUUGUCUAGACUCAAUCCUCGAAUAAUGGUAGGAACUUAUCAGCAACGCACCAUCCCCUUUCGCAGUGCUUCGUUCUCACAAAUCGAUGUUGGAGCAGACGGAACGUACAAUCGUCGGCCGAGAACCUCGAUAACCCUUAAGCCCGUGACUUAUAGCAUAGGAAAGGAUGCCUCUAAUGUUUCUAGCUCGCCGUAUUCUGGAUCGCUUCCUCGUCGGUUGAAAAUGAACGAACGCAAUUCUGGGGAGGUGUCCAACACGCCCAAAUUUCAUCAUCUGCCAGAGGAUUGCAAAGAAAUUUUGACAGUCCCGAUUGCCGAUCCUAUACCUUGUACCAAGGUUCUCGUUUCCAGUUCACACGAGCCCCGCGAUCCAGUCCGCAACAAAAUUGUCUCAAUCGAAGCGAACAACGAAUCUUUUUGUGACAAAGUUGACGAUUCCAUGACUUGUCACGAACCCGUUCAACACGGUCAAUUCAAUCCUGGUGAAACAGACUUUUCAGAAUCAACGCAGAAUCAAAGUAAACUCGAUUCGCUUCAUGAUGGAAUAGCUUCAAAGCCGGAUUCAAUCGAAAUUUCUGAACAGAGCAUAAAAGCCGCCUCACCAGCUUCCACUAUUUGUGAUGAUUCAUUGCAAUAUGUUGGACAGAUGGCACCUUGUCUGACAGAGUUAGAAGCAGAAAAAGCGGAACCCAUCGACAAAGCUUGUUACGAAACAACGGAAGUGUCUGUUUCUGCUGAAAUCCGAUUGAGCCCCCUUCCAACUAUUGAGACGGAAACUACCGAAUUAGACAUGCCAGGAAAUCUAAUUGAUGCUGAACCUUUAGCCAAUUCGAAGCCUUUGGCAGUGUUGGAUCUGCUGGAACUCAACAACCACCUGCUGCGACUGAGGGCCGCCACCAGGGACACAACGCUGGAUCGUUUGGCCGAUUUGGAAGUGGCGGCUCAAUUCGGGGAAUCCGUUCCAUUGCUUUCGCCUAGCAUAGAUUCCUCUGGCGCUUCAUCGAGGAACAGUGUGGUAAGGUCCUCUGACCACUCGGACGGUCGCCCUUGGUUGAACGAACUUUUCCGACUAGCAACUAACUUUGAGAGAGACGAAAGUGGUUGGAACCCCGAUAAAUGCGUCAAUCAAUCGGCAAGUUGCCCUCCCGAAGAUGUAGUGAAAUCAAGGGACUACUGUGCAGUGCCAGAUGAUUCUAUGGCCCAUUCUGAGAUUCAACAAUUUGAACCACUGCCCACAUCGAUCGCGUUUGCCCAGCCUAAAGUGGAUAUAUUGGCUACUUUACCUACGGAAAAUUUAGCACGUCACCUGAUAAACCAAAGAUCAUCAUUAGAUCGGAAAAGUUCAAAGCGACGUCGUCACAGUUCAUCGAUGACCGGCACAUCAACUGUGACGGGACAUAAAGGAUCUUACACGAAAUCGAGUAGAGGCCGUUUCCUAACAUUCCCUCCAGCUUGGUCCAGCAAAGCAUCUACAAUGUAUGGUGGCAUUGAAAAGAAAAUUCCUGUAAUCGGAGUAGUCAGUGGAUCAUCUUCUCUCGAUGACGACGACGGAGUACCUGUUGUCGACAUGGGAAAAUACGAGGGAAAGCAUUUCGUUGUGGAUGCCAAUUAUGGCAAACUGAAAGUUGAAAGUAGUUCAGUCACAGGUGAGCCCAACUUUAUUGAGGAUCCUGAUGAUUUCCAAUCUUUGCUGAUCGCCACUGAAAAGAAUACGAUCUUUUCGAAAUCGAAAUGUUCUCUUGCAGAAAUGUCAUCUUUAUCCAGUGGUCCAUCCCAAACGCUUCAAAUUCCGGAAAAGUCCACCAUGGAAAUUCCCUCAUCCCGCCUUGCUAUGGGCACUUCUUUGGAGGAUGCUCAAAUCGUGACAGACGCAUUCAUAGGUGAAAUUCCCGAGUGCCGACUGUUAAUUGGAGAAAGUCAUUAUGCUUCAGUGGAAUCAGACGAGCCGGAGGAUUCUACGCGCGAGGAAAAUUUGAAAAAGUCGAGUGAAGCAGACGAAAUCCAAGAGGUGAGGGUUAGUCAGAAACCCUGCAGAGAAGCUACAGCCAUCAAUAACAUGGAUGCAGAUUCCCCUAAAGCUAACCAUCGACUUACCGUAUCACUUUCGGUAACACUAGCUCCCGAAUUGAGUUGCACCAAUCCCGAGUCUUUGCGUCACAUGUCGCUAUCCCCUUAUUGUUCUGAUUUGGAAAGCAACGCUUUCAGCUUAUCGACAGAAAAGGCCCCAAGGAGUCCACAAAAUCCUCGUCGUUAUGGACUCAAGCGCAGACCUCUUCGUGGGCCGUAUGGGGAAAUGCUAGAAGCCGAGAUGAACAAAUCUGAAUUUAGUAAAAUGUACGCCAAACGGAAUGAGGACCUGAGUUUCCUUCGCGAAUUGAGCCCCCGCAUUAAUCGCGAAGCCAAAUCCAGUUCACCAAGGCCGAUGAGUCCAUCAAGUGGUAUACCGCAUAUUCCCAUCAGUGAGGCAGUGGCUUCCAAUUGGUCAAACGUCACAGCUAAUACUCGACAAAAUGCGAUGGCCUUCCCAACGUCGCAUUCGUUAGAUGAUUCUCAACUGAAAAUUGGUUACAACUCGGCCACCUUACCGAUCGAGAUAUCAGGAUCGCCUCGUCACCCGCGACUUGUUCUACCCAAGCGUAAAAACAGUGCAAAUAUUCCAUACGAGAUGUUGGAUAGUGAUUCGGAGGUCAGUAGUCAUAUGACUGGAGCCAAGUUAUCUCCAGCUAUGUCGUCACCUCCUCUAGAUUGUCUAGAAAACCACCAUACCCUCCCAACAGUGAUAGAGAACGGUAUGAGCCCGAUGCCAUUGCCGUCUCACCAGCGAACUUUAUCCAGCCCCUGUCAGCUUGUGCUAAACGAGGGGGGAUUCACUUCUGAAGAUGAACCUGAAUUACUGGAGUUGACAUCGCUCAGUUCUUUGAGAAGAUCCACCGCUCAGCUAUUGAACUCCGAGUCCAUCAGCACAGACACGUUUCCUGUUACCAGGCUAGGAUCUACUAAACGUUCAAGGGAUACUCGAACACACGCCAUUGGUGAGCUUUACGACACAGAGCGGUCUUACGUUGAAUCUCUUCAAAUUCUUGUCACGAAAUAUUUACAGCCGCUAAAAGGACCUGAGUGCUCCGGAUUGGUGGAAAGCAAUCUCGUGGACGAAAUAUUUUUUCAGAUACCAGCUAUUUUGGUCCAUCACGAAGUAUUCUUGGAGGAACUACGCAAGCGUCUGGAAUCGUGGGAUUCUAAACAAUGUGUCGGUGGUGUUUUUCUAGAUACACUCACCAAGCCCUCGGUAAUUGAAACGUACACUGCUUACAUCAACCACUGGAAGCACGCUAAAGAAGCAAUCAAAACGGCUUGUUUGGCCAAAUCGGCUUUUUCCAAAUUUCUUGAGGCAACAGCGCGAGAGCACAAAGGGAAAUUAGCUCUUGAUUCUCUACUGAUCAUGCCCGUUCAAAGGAUACCUCGCUAUGAAUUGCUUAUCAAGAUGCUGCUGAAACACACACCACGAGAACAUCCAGAUCACACUCUUUUACUGGAUGCUCAACGGGAAGUUCACGAGUUAGCGGUCAAGAUCAAUUGCGUGGAGCGGGAAGCCUAUGGCGCCGAGCAACAACAGGCGACAUUGCGCGAGCUGGAAAGUCUUGUCGAGGGCUUGGGGCCAGGUAAUUUAGCGACACCCGAACGAACUUUUAUCCGCCACGACUGCGUCACCAUACCCUCGGCGCUGGGCACCAGGAAGGAAAGAGGUUUUUUCCUCUUCUCCGACCUACUUGUCAUUACCAGCGUCAAGCGACGGAGCGCAGCCAUCCGAAAAUCGUCCUCAUAUUCGUCUAGUGGAAUCGCCAGCACUUUGGAGGCCAACAAGUUCAAACUUUUGAUGCGAGUUCCUCUUGAUGAUCUGGAGGUGACUAAAAACAAAGAGGAGAGUUCCAAGCGCACAACCAAAGACUUGGAACACAUAGAAGAGGACUUGGCACUUUUAAACCAAAUUACAGAGUUGGUGUCCUCACUCCACGUGUCGCACUCUUCUCUCGAUGAAGCAAUCAAGGAAAUUCAACUGGGAAUCCAGCGCCAGUUGGCCGAUAAACAAAAUGCAUCGACAGAACCGCAGUUAGCUACAUUAGAUCUAGCCAUUUGCACUAGAGACGGGAUUGAGACGCUAUCAGUAGCAUUUACUACAUCAGAGAAGCGAGCCAGUUGGGAGGAAUCUUUUUCUGAAACGAAGCUCAAGCUUAGAGCAAUGUCGCCUGAACGUCGACCGCCACCUGAGUUCCUGAUGCCGCUACCUAUUCGUAAAACACGAGCAGGCCUUCAAUUUACCUGUGCCGCGCCCACAGUGACGUGGAACACCCAACAUCUUAACGACGUUUGGGUUUGCAACAGUGACGGUUACGUCGGCCAGGUAUGCAUUCUAAGUCUACACCCUGAACCGAAUGUUACGUCAUGCAAUGGAGUAUGCAACGCUCGCAUUACGUGUAUAGCUGCCAUUCCAGCCGCCCCUUUGAUGUCAGACGAAUCAGCUAACAACUUAAACAGUUGCAUUUUCAAGAGGGACUCCAAAUUUGAAUCUUCGACGUUGUGCGCUAGUAACUCGAAUGAAAUUCAAUCCUCAGUCUGCACCAACUUUGAACUUGAAAGUGAAUCUAGCUCUGAGAGUUCCGGGAGCGAAGAGAGUGCUGAUGAAGAUCCUAGCAGCUACAGUAGAUAUCGUUCCAAUUCCAUUCCCACUGAGGUCAACAUUCAACCAGCUUCUGAGGAAGCGGACACAACGAACCAAGCCACGAUGUGGUUGGGAACGGAGGAUGGUUGCAUCCAUAUUUAUCAUUGCGGCGAAAACAUUCGACUGAAAAAGAAUCGCACGCGGAUCCAGCAAGGAGCAGCUGUCUUGUGUCUUGUAUACAUGGACAAUUGCGUAUUCGCCUCGCUUGCCAAUGGGGAUGUAUUAAUUUAUCAACGCACACCAAAUGGAACUUGGAGUAUCAAUGAACCACAAUGUGUUGCGGUCGGAAGUAUAAUUGGACCAGUUACUCGAAUGCUUCCCGUAAGCAGCGGCCUCUGGUGCGCAUCACAAAACACUAUCAAGAUUCUCAACACUUCUACAUUAACGAUUGAAGAUCAGUUUGCUGUGAGCUCUGAUUCCCAGAGAAGUGUCCUCAGUUUGGCCAGCAAUGGAUUGGGCGUGUGGGUGGCGAUGCAGGGUUCGGCUGUGGUCCGACUUUUCCAUGCGUUUACUCACGAAUGCAUUUGUGACGUGAAUUUGGCACCGGCUGUCAACAAAAUGCUUUCCGGUUGUGAUGACAUUAUCCGUCAGCACAAGGCGGCCUGCUUGCGUGUCACUUCUAUGAUGUUGUUUCGUGAUCUUUUGUGGGUUGGUACUAGCGCUGGGGUGAUCCUGACGAUUCCUACUCCGCAUCUGACUCCGACAUCAUCCCGGCUAUCUUCUCCACCUUGUGUCACAGGUUUAUCUCAUGGGCACACUGGACACGUCCGAUUUCUGACAUGCGUUGAAGCCAUUCGUGACUCGCACAUUUUACGUUCAUCCCGUUUACAUCACACUCACCACGGACUCUCCCUAAAGAGCAAGGAUUCGUUGGCUGGUGUUCUAUCGUCAACCAGUAACAUCUCAAGUCAUGGAACUCGGCUGUUAGUCAUUUCGGGCGGCGAUGGCUACGAGGACUUUCGCCACAGUGGGUUGUCUGAUACUGUCGGCCGAGAAGACUCCACCAAUCAUCUUUUGCUGUGGCAAGUGUAAGAAUUGUGCAAGUAAUCCACAAAAUGUUGCCAUUCAAUUACACUUGUGAUAUAACCAAUAUCCAUACCCUAUGUAACAGAUCAUCAGAUUUGUAUAACUAUGUAACUUGGCUUGCGUUUGUUAGCCAGCAGCCAAUUCUACUAUUUAGAAAUGGAUCGAAUAUUGCACCGCUGUGUCAACUGUCGAGAACAUAGACCUCUUUUAAAAAUAGGAAAAGUUUGAUCAUUUUUCUUUCUUGUCUUUUAUAAUGUCUAGUCCAUCGGGCAUGUAAUAUAAUCUAAUCUAACUGAUUCAUGUUUCCAACCAUGCAAAUUCGUCGGUCGCUUUCAACUUUGUGCAUUUCCCCUUAUUCACUGAUUCGUUUGCUGAUUCAUUCAUGUACAUCGUUUACUGUACUGUACAAGUAUUUAUAUUUUGGUAUUGUAUGUCACCUUAAUUCAUAUUCUCCGCCAAAAACUAUUGUGUAUCGAUAAAUCGAUUAAAAUUAUACGUGGAAAAGCUA